AUGGAAGAGAGUGCAAUUCUACAGCUGAACGGUACUUUUGACUUCGCGGGGGAGCUUUCGUCAAAACUUGUCUCGUUUUUCAAAAACCAAAUAGAAAUAGGCAAUGAGAACUUUUCGACCACGCUUAAAUAUACCGAAGUUGCCAAGAUUUCAUAUAACUCUAGGACUGUUAAAAUCUUAAUGAAGAACGGUUCAAAAAUUAAAAUCCCGUGCUGUUCAUCAGACAUCAAAAGAAUAAAGACAAUACUCAGGGCAAGAAAGGAUGAUAACAUCAUAGAGGUUGGUGGAAGUGCGCUUGUAAGGCUCAGCGAUCUGUGCUUUGUUGUUCCAAUUAGAUCAAAUGAUAUAAGAGUGCUGAAAACUUCAAUAAUCCGAAGAAUUUCCGAACAUUUCUAUCCAGCGUGUGAGGCUGUAUCAAUCUCAACUGACAUCUUCAACAAUAUUUCAAUCUGCUGUGAAAGUGAAAAAGGCAGUGAAAUUCAGCUAGUCAGCUGUGAAGAUCUCGAGGCAGCUCUGAGUUAUUUUGAUGGAAAGUUGAAAUUAAUCAUAAAGCAAUAA